AUGGGAGAUAAAGAUGGAUGGGGUUGGCCACCAACUGGGGCUCCGUUUAAUAUACAAGCAGAAGAUCAUUGGAGGCACUUUGAUAACUCGGUCAAUGCAGUUUCUUUUGGGUUUGUUGCCACUGCCAUUCUCAUCUCAAUGUUCCUUGUCAUGGCCAUUUUUGAAAGAUUUCUCAGACCCACCUCGCCGGCUUUGACCCCGCCGGCUGGCCGGAGGUUUGGAGACAUUGAGUCUCAGAUGGGUUUCAGUCCAAAGCUUGGUCACCCAUCACCAAAAAUUACCGUGAAUGCCAGAGAAGUUUCAGUGUUGAUGCCUGGAGAGGACAUCCCUACCUUCAUCGCCCACCCAGCUCCCGUGCCUUGCCCUCCAGAACGCAUGCCUUGGCCUUCCCAUCAACAUAAUGCAUUGCCCAAUUCUGCCCACAACUCCAACUCCAACACAUCCUCAAGCUCAACCUAA